CAGAAUAGAAUACCAAAACUCACAGCACGAGUAGAAGCGAUCGGUGACAUUCCUACUGACUUACUACCGAAGAAGGAAGACCUUUCGCAUAGAAUCGAUGACGUCAAUAAGAAAUUAGACGAUCAAGUGAAUGAUCUGAAACGGUUCGAAGAUAAGACCAUCGAACUACAAAAUGUUGUCGAUGAGUGUCGUGGCAAGAUGAAGAAGCUAGAACUACCUGAAACGAUCGAAACUGCUCAGAAAGACGCUGAAGAUCUGUCAGCGGUUCUGGCAACAAUCGAGGCUAUUCCACAGGAAGAACUAUCGCCUAGAAAUCAACUGGCUCGUGACGCAAACACUAUCAAGGAACAGGCAAAGGAGCAACUUUCAACAUUGCGAAAAGCUCUUACCGAUGAAGAAAAGGCUCGUGAAAGACAGGAUGAACUUAAGAACAGAUUGUCAGCUAUUGCUGAUAGCCUGAACAAGAUUGAUCCAGAGAAUGUCGAGUCUGCUCAGCAGCUGGUCUCAAGCCUUGAGCCUGAGCUCCAGAAACUAGCUGGCAUCGCUGACACAUGUAAUCAAUUCGCGAACACUUCAUCUCCUGUUGUGAGCCACGAUGAUCUCGACAAAACGCUUCCUGAUCAAGUACAGGAUCUGCAGAAGAAGUGCGAAGAUGUGAAGACAAAGGCUGAACAACUAGCACAGUUGAACGCCGUUGCACCCGAAAUCUUAUUGAUCUCGGAAAGUUUGCAACAGCAACCAGAAGAGAUCCCAUCAAAUCUUAACGAACAACAAUCUGUGCUUGAAGAUCUUGAAUCGAAGAAGCAACGCCUCGAAAACCUCUUGCAGACCAUACCAGCCGGUGAUGCAACAGAGGAAUUGAGACAAAAGAGCGCAUGGGAUUUGUCAAGACUGAAAGACCUUCUGAAGAGGCUU